UUCCAGUGAAUUAAAUAUUUUAUAUAUAAUUAAAGAAAUACUAUCGACGCAUAAACCAAGUCUGCAGAAUUAGGUUAAAGUUACAUAAGUGAGAAAAAACUGAACUAAUAUUAGAAAAAGAAAACUAUAUAAGAAAAAAGGCGAACAACGCAAUUAAAAAUGCAUCAUCCAAACGCUAAAUCGUUUUUAAUACGAGAUUUACUGGGAGAUUUAAUAAAUCGACCGCCGCCGGACAGUGAUUCCGAGUUAUCCGAUGACAAUUCAGAAAUCGACAUAGAGGAUCGUUCUUCAACCGAUUCGGAUAUGCUGCACAGUCAUCGCUAUGGCUCGGCGGCGCAAGAUGGCAGACGAUUAAAUUUCAUGGUGAAUGAGUCCAGCGUUGAAUCCAACCAGCAUUCACCAAAUGGUGACGAGCUUGGCAAUAAUCCCAACCGAAAUUCCAUCGGCAUCAGCACUGCCGCAACGGCCAAUAAUAAUAAUAACUUGGAAUUGCGCGCUACGCAUUUGCAAACACAUGGUUAUGGUGGCGGUGGCAGUGGCAGUGGCGACCAUAUGCACAAUGGCAAGUUGGGCUUAAGUUUAAAUAAGAGUGGACGCAAACCACGACGACGACGUACCGCCUUCACGCACGCUCAACUUGCCUAUCUAGAGCGCAAGUUUCGCUGUCAAAAGUAUUUAUCUGUUGCCGAUCGCAGCGAUGUGGCCGAGACGCUCAAUUUAUCUGAAACACAAGUGAAAACUUGGUACCAGAAUAGACGCACUAAAUGGAAGCGACAAAAUCAAUUGCGUCUUGAACAAUUGCGCCAUCAAGCGACGUUAGAGAAAGAAUUUGCUGGCGAUGGCACUGCUGGCACAGGACUAGGCUGUUGUCCAACUGGCUUAUCGACUUUCAGCUCAACGAACCCAUGCAAUUUUCUUACAUCGGCUGCGGCGGCGGCAAUAUUCCGCAACGUUGGCUACGUGCAUGGCUGUCCGUUGUAAGACAAAGGGCCUUUGCUGAAUAAUUUAGUGAAAAUUUAAUUUAGAUAUGCUAAUGUUUAUAUAAUUUCACUGUAAAUACCCGAAAUAUGCGUUAAGGACUCUGUUUUGUUGUACAAUAAUUACAUUUAACAUUAGAAAUCUAAUGAUAAUACUUUAUUAUUGUAAUUUGGAAGUAUA